AUGUACGUUGUCCGGCUCACCAAACUAGAUGUUAGCGGGGUGGAUGUCAAGAUCCCGUACGCGCCGCAUGCCGGAAACGUGUUGUUCGUGCUCGGCACCACGUUCACCUACCUGAAGCCGGAGACCUAUAUGGUUCUUCGUGAGCAGUUCAAGUCGCAGACGACGGAGUACCGCGUGGCGCCGUCGAUGGGCGGCCUCGACACCUGCUACAACUUCACUGGUCUGACGAGAAUGAGUAUGACAUCCAUCACACUAUGGUUCGAAGGAUGGGCAUAUAUUGUCCCCGGCAUGGAACAAAUGAUGUAUUUUGGGCGUCGGGGAGAUAUCUUCUCCGUUGGGUGCCUCGCAUUUGCUGCGGCAUCGGAUUUACCUUCAGGGAUCACUGCAGUCAUCGGCACCCUGCUGCAGGAGAGGACAGAGGUGGUGUAUGACGUUCAUGGAGGGAAGAUGGGGUUUUCCCAUAAACAAUGCUGGUGA